AAAUCAUUCUUCACUCUGUAUCAGCAAUCAGCCGCUUGGCCAGGCGACAUUGAGAUACGGUUUUUCGCGCAAUUUAAGCUGAGAAAAAUAAACGCGAAAUGCUGAUCGCUAUGCCACUGGCAGCAUUGUGUAUAUCCCAAUAUGCUGUUACUUUAUAGCGUGCAAUACGGCGCAGAGUGUGCAGUGAAUAUCAACUAGAUCCGAUCCGAUUUGAUGCUAAGCUAUGGUCUGUUGAGGCUAGUGGAGUUUGUUCCUUCUACAGGUGCAAAGUUAUGUAGUCAUUUGGACGGUAUCACGACUCCGUCAGUCUUUAUCGAACUUCUGAACGGAUAACGCUCCUGCUCUAGGGAGUCUGGAUCGCCCCCUGAAAACGAUCGUCAUCAUACCAAAGUCAGUAUCGCGAGUGUGUGGAAAAGGGUUAGCAUAAUGAUCCCAUAGUAACAGUGCCUUAUUUUAAACGGAAAAUUCAGUAUUCAGAAGAAUCAGCUGAAUCAAUCUAAAAAGUGCAGAAAACGUCAGUGAAGUGAUCUCUAAAAUGCGAAAAUUACGACAUUUGUGAUAAUUAAUAGGGCAACGUGAAAUACCCUUCGAGGAAUAAUAUUCCCAAUCAACAAGUGAGAGCUAAACGAAAAGUUAAUAGAUGGAAAUAAUCAUGUACAUCAAUAUUGUGAUAAGUUUAUUGGGGUUGACGGUGGCAGCCUCAUCGGUGAUAGCCAACGAAAAGCAACAGUGUAACCGAUUAGUGGACCAAAGUUCUUUGGAAUAUCCUGGGCUGGAAAGCAAACAGCAGAAACAACAGAGCAAUAGUGAUUCGAGCAUCAAUGUGACUGAUGAGGCAAAGUGGAAUUCAAUGAUACUGGGUAGCAACAAAACGCUACCGAGGGGGAAUUUAAGUGAUGUUGAUGAAUUUAUGCUGCAUGGGAUGCCGAGUAAAUUUCCUAAAAGUGAUCCCGAGAUCAUAUUUAUGGAAGACGAGGAUAAAUUGAAAAUCGGUGCAGACGAAGCAGAUUUCGUUGCUGCGUUUGGGAAAAAGUAUUUCUCCAUUUCCGCACCUUUUAAUCCGGCCUACAGCACGAAGGUGUCACCAGAAUGCAAACGAGCAGCCAAACGAUACCUCACCUCGCUUCGGGCUAUGGACAUGUGGGCCCUCAGGAUGCACGACUCCAGCGCCAAGCUCAGUUCCGGCAUUCUGAACGGAAACGUUAACCAGUUCGGCGAUUACGAUCAGUGUCUGAAAAUUCGCGGCGGAGAGAAAAACAACGCCGCCGAUCAGCAGAAUCUACAGGGACAGUACUGUCUCGCCGCCAUUCAACCGAGUGUCGUCUCCAAUGCUGUUUUCCUGCAGCACGUGCUCAGCUUGGCACAGUCGCGUGGAAUUCUUACCAGUCAGCUCAGCGAUCCAGGGCAUCGAGUACCACGCUUCUCCACUGUCAAUUGGGCUCUGUGCAUUCCAUCAGCUUGUUCGGCCGACGAUGUCCGUAAAUCUCUGGAAGAGUUCCUACACGAUCAAACUCAGGGCACCGGUCUCCGAAUGGAGGUUGACGUCGAACCAGAAUCAUGCCAGCUGAAGAAUACCAUCUGGGAUCGCUACUACACGAACACCACGGCCUUAGUGUGGAUCGGGUUCAUCGCUUAUAUUGCAAUGGUGUGCCUGUCGACAUACUACGAGUAUAAAUCCGAGAACAAAAAUGAGUGGCUUACGUCGUUUUCGUUGAUCCGUAACACCAAGACCAUUUUCUGUGUCAAAGAGGACCCUAAUGACGUUGCGUGCAUUCAUGGUCUACGAUUUUUGAAUGCAUUCCUUCUCAUCGUGGCACACAAAUCAAUGGCCCUAUUCUAUAAUCCCUAUAUUAAUCGAACAAGGAUGAGCGAGGGCCUAGGUCAACCAUGGACAGUUAUUGGACGUGCUGCAUCGCUUUUCACGGAUCCUUUCAUCAUGUUCAGCGGCUUUUUGACGACAUACUCAUUGAUCGGUCGACUCAUGCGUGGCCAACGUGUGAAACUGUACCAAGAAUACAUCGGACGAAUCCUUCGAAUAGCUCCUCCACUGGCAGCGUUGAUCUUGUUCUGUACGUUUGUAUUGCCGUACAUUAGCUCCGGUCCUCAGUGGAACUUGGUUGUCACAAACCAUGGCGAUCUGUGUAAAAAGUAUUGGUGGCGCAAUUUGAUGUUCAUUCACAAUUACUUUGGAUUCAAAAACAUGUGUCUAACGCAUACGCACCACAUUGGCAUCGACACGGAACUGUUUGCAGUGUCACCAUUGUUCAUUUGGUUGAUUUGGAAGUGGCCCAAAAAAGGCACGAUCACGUUGGUCAUCAUUGCUCUGGUGACGACACUACACCGGUUCUACAUCACCUAUAAGCUGCGGUUGGCGAACUACGUGCAUUUUGGCACAUCCGUUAAACAGCUAUUCGACACUGCCGACAACAUGUACAUUCUGCCGUACUAUCGGCUGACAGUAUACCUGAUGGGUGUGAUACUUGGCUAUUCAUGCCGGGCUUUCAAGCACAUUCGCCUAACGCCGAAUCAACUGCGACUGGGAUGGUACGUCAGCAGUUUUCUUCUGGCGUUGGCAUUCUUUGGUCCCGCACCGAUGGGAUCAAUCCACUACAAGUACAACUCAUUCCACGCGGCGAACUACGCCGCUUUCUCGCCGAUCGCAUGGUGCAUAUUCUUCUCGUGGGUAGUGUUCACUUCCCAUCUGGGAUAUAAAAAUACCCUGAUAAACCUACUUUCAUGGAGGGGAUUCCGGGUGACAACGAAGAUGUCCUACGCCGUCUAUCUGACGCAGUUUCCUAUCUUCUUCUAUCAAGUGGGAAGAGUGAGAAGUUCGCUUUAUUAUGACUUCGUCAUCACAGUUUUGUUCGACUUCAACGAGUACGGUGUAAUCUUCCUAGCAUCCUACCUGUUGACGGUCCUAUUCGAGACACCCUACAGCAACAUCAAACGGCUGCUGUUCGACAAACGCCGGGAAAAACAGCCAACGCCAAUGCUUCACGACAAGCAAAAACAGCUGGACAUCUCCGUGAAUAGCAGCAAAUCGAUCAUCUAUUCUGCCGAUCCGAUCGCCAAGGAGUUGAAGGAUAGAUGAAAUUUCGAACACAAAGAAAAAAACAUCAGGGCCUGGCGCAAGUGAAACUAGUGUUAAGCAAUAAAAAGACUUACAGUGAUAUUUA